AUGGCGUCCAUCAAUUCCCUCGUCAGCAGGCGAGCAGGCAAUCGUGGUGCUGUCACGAGAUUACUACCGAAAAUACAAGCUAUCAUCGACGAUCGACUCAUGGAAAAAGAACGCAAAAUUCACGAGCUGAAUAGAAAAUUGAUGGAUCUCCACAACAAAAUCAAAACUAUUGAAGCGUUGGACGAUGAAAUUCAAGGAGCCAUCGGUGAAGACGAGCUGGAGGCGGAAAUUGAUAACUCUUGUUCAGCCAACUCCAUUAUCAAGGAUGCCUUAGAUGCAGGUGAAUACGCACUCGAAGAGCUGCGAAAGGUAGCAAUCGACGAUCAGAUCGCCCUCAACGCGGUAACAGUUCCCUUGGCCCCCCACGCGCCAAUCGCUACAACAAUAGCUGUUCCUGAUUCAAGCAACCUGCCGAAAUUUAACUUGCCCGAGUUUGAUGGUUCAAUCUUACAAUGGUGUGCGUUCUGGGACGUAUUUGAAGUCGAAGUCCAUAACAAAACUAAAUACUCUGAUGCUACUAAGUUUAAUUUCCUAAACUCUCGCUUGACCGGUGAAGCCAAAGCUCUACUGAUGGGUCUCACACCUAACAACGCCAACUAUCCAAAGGCUGUAGAUCUGUUAAAAGAGCGUUUCGGACAACCGCACAAGAUCAUCAUGGCUCACAUGCGCGCUUUUUUAUCUCUACCGAAACCGGGAUUGGACAAGACAAGUUUGAGACGAUUCGUGGAUAAUCUAGAGGCAAACAUACGCGGACUUGAAGCACUAGGGAAAGGAAUGGAUUCGUAUGGUGAUUUGCUCGUUUGCAUCUUACUGGAUAAGUUAACCGCAGAUCUACGUCGCAACUUAGCAAGACAACACGGCGCGAUCGAAUGGACAUUGGAAGAACUAAGGAAUGCCAUGAAAAAAGAAAUUGAAAUUUUAGAAGACUCAACAGAUCAUUCCAUCAUUAAACAUUCAGAAUCGAACAAGCAAGCCGGUGUCAUGUUUACAAAAACAUCGCGAGUGGAAACCGAACGAAAACGAAUCAAGCAUUGCGCCUACUGUACAGGAAACCAUUUUCCCACAGACUGUAAUAAUGUAGUCACAACCGAGGAAAGAUACACUAUCGCUCGUGGUAAACAUCUAUGUUUUAACUGUCUACGAUCCCAUCAGUCAACAAACAACGAGUGUCCAUCCAAAUUUCGGUGCCGUAUAUGUCAAAAGGCUCAUCACACUAGUUUACAUUCAAACAGCCGACACGGUAAUUACACAAAUUCAUCUACGAGACCAAGGGUUGAAACAAACACUACCAUUUUAUCUUCAAAUCCCACAACCGUGGCCCUAACUGCAAACGGAUCUCGCAAUUCCUUUGCAUCACAAUCUUUCGUCUUGCUAGAAACAGCAGUUGUGCCCAUACAAGCCAAAGGUGUCACAUUAAAAGGCAAUGUUCUAAUCGACAAAGGAGCACAACGAUCGUUCAUCACUACGGAGCUCGCGAAGAAACUACAACUCAAAACGCUAUUUCGUGAAAAUCUAGUGUUAGUCGGUUUCGCUGCUGCUUCAUCUAAUGCAGAAAUCUACGAUGUCGUGCAAGUAUCAUUCAGAGACAUCAAUGGCUGUCCCAUUGACAUACAAGCUAUCGUCAUCAAUCACAUAGUCGAUCCACUGGAUGACCCUCAUAGGGCCUUAAUCGGAAACCUACCUCAUCUGCGAAAUUUGCAACUCGCACAUCCAGCAUCAAUGGAAUCUCAGUUCCGAAUCGACAUCCUCAUAGGAGCAGAUUAUUAUUGGGACAUCGUUAGCGACAAGAUAGUGCGUGGGCAAGGCCCCACAGCUGUAAGCUCGAAGCUCGGAUAUCUCUUAUCUGGUUGCGUAUCGAACCUACACGUAAACAACUCUGAUCAAACGGCAAUGCUAAACGUGUCCGUGGAAGAAAAAUUUGACAUUUCGAGACUUUGGGAUCUAGAAAUGCUGGGUAUUCAACCAGAAACAGAAGCCAUGGACAUCACCAGUGAGUAUCAGAACAACUGCAUCGAAUUCAAACAAAACAAAUAUCAAGCUCGUCUGCCAUGGAAGACAGAUCAUCCUACUCUCUCAUCCAAUCAAUUCGUAUGCGAACGCCGAACUCGUAGCAUGAUAAAGCGACUUGGGAAAACGCCUAGCAACUUACAAUUAUAUGAUUCCACUAUCCAACAACAACUGGCAAACGAAUUUAUUGAAAAGGUACCGCAUCACGAAAUCAACAUCAAGAGCGGAUGUCACUACGUACCACAUCAUGGAGUAAUCAAAGAAUCAACAACAACUCCUCUCAGAAUUGUUUACGAUUGCUCCUGCAAGACUUACAAGGGUGUCAGCUUAAAUGAUUGCUUGAACGUUGGACCUUCUCUACAAAACAACAUGUUAGAAAUCCUUCUACGUUUUCGAACACACAACAUCGGUCUCGUCGCUGAUAUCGAGAAAGCGUAUCAUCAGAUACUACUACACGAAGCAGAUCGAGAUUUUCUCAGAUUCUUUUGGAUCAAGGAUGGAAAGGACCCAAAUUCAGAGUUCGAAACCUAUCGUUUUCGAGUAAUACCAUUUGGAGCAAGUAGUUCGCCAUUCAUUUUGCUGUCGGUGAUCAAAAAGCACUUGGCAGAAUCCUCAUCUAAAAUCGCCAUUGACAUGGAUCAAAACAUUUACGUAGACAACUUAAUUUCCGGAUGCGAAACAGAAAAGGAAGCUCAUCAAUACUACAAUCAAGCAAACGCCAUUAUGAAACAAGCAGGCCUGAAACUACAAGAGUGGGCAACAAACAACAGAGCGGUACAAACAACAAUCAACCUCGACGAUGAAAGAGACAAGAAUUCCUUCAUCAAAAUCCUUGGGUUAAGAUGGUCUCGAUCAAAUGACACACUCAUGUUACCGAAGUUCUACUUGACCACUCCAAAUGCUACAACCGUAACGAAAAGAAUCGUUCUUCGUAAAAUUUCAACUGUUUACGACCCGAUGGGUUUCAUCUCACCAUUAACAAUCUCUGCACGGAUCCUGAUUCAAGAAAUUUGGAAAUUGAAACUACAGUGGGAUGAUCCGUUGUCGCCAGAGAUGCAGGAACAGUGGAAUGGAAUCACGCAAGCCAUCGAAAAAUCGAAUACCGAAGUUCCAAGAACCUACCUCACCACAGGACUCAUCACAGAAAUACACAUCUUCGUGGAUGCGAGUCAACAAGCAUAUGGAGCGAUUGCCUAUGUUUGCAAUAAGACACAACAAUCCUUUGCAUUCUCCAAAUCACGAGUUGCCCCCUUGAAAAAGGACCAAAGACUCCUUACCCUACCGCAAAUGGAACUUAUGGCAGCAACAAUUGGCACUCGCAUAGCAACCUCAAUUCUCAAUGCUUUCAAACCACUUGGUCUAACACCGAAAUGCGUAUUGUGGUCCGACAGCCAAAUAGUCUUAUAUUGGCUACAUCAAUCUAAAAGCAACAAGAAUCUCUUUGUUUCGAAUCGAGUCAGAGCAAUACGAGAAUUCAACCAAACAAGCACCGCAGAAUGGCGCUAUUGUCCGACACAUCAAAAUCCCGCCGACCUACUAACGCGAGGGAUAACAUUGAAACAAUUUUCCCAUAGCUUUUGGUACACCGGACCCCCAUGGCUCACUAAACCAGAAGAAUGGCCCAGCUGGAAAAUUGAAAAUCUAUCAGAAUCCAUCAGACACAUAGCCAGCACGGUGGUGAUCGACAACAAAGCUCAUUCUGACCAAAAAACCAGGAACGACAUUUCAAACAUCCUUCAUGCAAAACAAUAUCGUUGGCGAUCACUACUUCGAAUAACCGCAAUUAUAUGUCGUUUUGCGAACAACAUUCGACUCCACGAUGCGUCACGAAAAUCAUGGAUAAAAGGACACAUUACCGCUUUCGAACUAAAAUGCGCCGAAACACUAUGGAUCCGGUCAAUUCAAGAUCAUCACUUCCCGGGGGAGAAAGAAUAUCUACAAGAGCAAAAAGGAAAACGACCAGCACUAGUAUCACAACUAGACCUCAUUAUGGAUAAGAACAAAAUCAUCCGCUGCCAAGGGCGUUUGGGAAACGCAAAACUAAAUCUAGAUACAAUAAGUCCAAUCUUAUUACCGAAGAAAUGCAGAAUCACAAAAUUGAUCAUUGAAGCAUAUCAUAUCAACAUGCUACACGGGGGAACCAACCACACAGUAUCCGCUAUUCGUCAAAGAUAUUGGAUUCCCAGCAUUAAACAAAGCGUCAAGACCGUCAUCCGUGAUUGUGUCACCUGUCGCCGAGUGAAUGGAGCCGCGUACACACCUCCAAAUCACGCUCCUCUACCAGCGUGUCGAGUAUCCAACGAUUUUCCUUUCACUACAACCGGAGUGGACUUCACAGGUGCAUUCACCAUACGAGGCCAGAAGGAUAGCAAGAAACAAGAUAAAGAAGUAUACGUACUAUUGUUCACUUGCGCCAGCUCUCGUGCCAUUCAUCUGGAGGUGGUGGAUGACCUAGCUACUAAAACUUUUCUUGAAGCGUUCCGAUGUUUUACAUCACAUCACGCCAUUCCAUCAGUCAUCAUUUCAGACAACGCCAAAACGUUUGAAGCAGCUGCGAAAACCUUUCAAAAAUUAUUCCAAAGUGCCGAAAUUCAACGCCAUUUCUCGGAUCGUCAAAUCCAUUGGCGGUUUAUACCGAAAUGCGCGCCGUGGUAUGGUGGGUUUUGGGAAAGGCUCAUAGCCAUAACCAAAACAACACUGAAGAAAAUGUUGGGCCGCACAAAACCCACACUCAACGAAUUUCGUGCCCUCAUCGCUGAAGCCGAAGCCGUUCUGAACGACAGACCGUUGCAAGACUAUCCCACAACAAUUGAAGCAAAGGACAUUCUAACACCGUCACAUCUCAUGUAUGGAAGAAGAAUCACCACGCUUCCGUUCAAUGAAAACCUGGCAGAAGAAGAACUGGACCCGUCAUUCGAUGAAAAACCCUCCGAAUUAAAAAGAUCAAUCAUCCGACAUCAAAAACUACUGGGUCACUUCAAAAAACAAUUUCUAUCCAGUUAUAUCCCAGCUCUAAGAGAAUUUCACUCACAUACACGAAAAACCCAACCUACAAUAGUCAAGGAAAAGGACAUCGUGUUAAUUCACGACGACGGACCAAGGAAACAUUGGAAAAUGGCUGUAGUGGAGGAACUAAUCAAAAGCGCAGAUGGACAAGUUAGAGCAGUGGAUUUGAGAACAGCCCAUGGCAAAACCAAUCGUCCCAUCACAAGACUGCAUCCCCUUCGACUUUCCGAGCCAAAUCACGAACCAGCCAACGUCGCAGUAUCUACUCCAUCGUCCCGGCCACUUCGACGAGCUGCGGAAUUAGCACGAGACCGUAUCAAGAAGAUGUCCGAAGAAUAA